AUACAAAAGGCCACACAUCAAAAGAGGAUUAAGUUUUUAAGUAAAUACCGCACUGAAUGGCAAAUAAUGCGAAACUGGGGUUACAGAUUCAGAUCACCAUGAUAACAUCGGUUGUGUGAGUUGGUCUUGGAAUAUAAGUAUUAAUACUAUUGUGAGACGGUUAUUUAUGGACAAAAUCAAGAGACUCAACGGACCGAAGCAGACAGUAACAGUAACAGCAACAGCAACAGAUUUUAAGGUUAUAAAUGGGGAGCGGAUCCUUACUUAAAAGUUCCAGCUGCACAACAAGUGGAAAGACAAUAACAAGAUUAAGGCACGUUCUGUCCGAUCCACUGCACACAUUUAACAGCUAAAGCUGCUGCGAUGCCGCCUAUGUUUCGAGAAACAUCCAGUUCCGAUGAGGUUCUUAUGCAGCAAAGCUUGUUGUUCUCUGAAAGUCUCAAGGGUUUGAAGAAUCUGAGAACACAGCUAUACUCAGCAGCUGAGUAUUUUGAGGUAUCUUACACGAAUGAUGAUCAAAAGCAGAUGGUGGUAGAAACAUUGAAAGAUUAUGCCAUCAAAGCUCUUGUGAACACUGUAGAUCAUUUGGGUUCAAUGACAUACAAGGUUAAUGAUCUUUUGGACGAAAAUCUCGAACAGGUUUCAGGAACAGAGCUCCGAGUAUCUUGUAUCGAACAGAGGCUACAGACAUGCCGAGACUUAAUCGAUCGUGAAGGGCUUUCCCAACAGUCGCUGGUCAUUAAUAUGCCGAAGUACCAUAAACGGUACAUCUUGCCAGCUGGGGAAACCAUUAAUGGUGCAAACAGAACAAAGUUGAAAUUCGUAGGAUGUGGCCUAGACGAUGAAGAUGACUGGCAUCAGUUAAGGAAUGCUGUCCGCGCUACAAUUCAAGAAACCCCGACAUCUUCAGUCUCCAAAACCCCGAUGUUGUUCCGUGAUCAUUGCAGGAAAGGGCAUUCUCCAUCACUUUCUCCGCAGCCUCUGCAGCAAUCCGCAAUCUUUUCCUUUAUGGACACCAUGCGAGAGAAGCAAACAGUAUCACCGCAUCGGUUUCCGCUUUCACGGUCGGAAUCCAUCAGCAGGCCUACAACCCCAAAUAAGAGCCAGCCAACUACUCCGAAUUCAGCCAGUGUGAUGCAGCGGUAUCCAUCAGAGCCUCGAAAAUCAGCCUCGAUGCGUCUUCAAUCGGAGAAAGGUUGCCCCAAAGACAUUGAUCAGUAUCCAAACAAAAGUAAGAGAUUCCUCAAAGCAUUGCUUAGUCGUCCGAAAUCGAAGAAAGAUGAGAUGCUAUAUACUUAUCUGAACGAAUAUUGAGAAAAAUACCAAGGAUGACGAUGAUAGAGGGCCAAUAAAAUAGUCAGUGACGGUGGCAAAGAAACAAAGAGAGGGAAUCCAGUGAGGAAAGCCUCUACACUUGCACCCCUUCGUUCUUUAUUUUUGUUCAAAGAAGGCCAAAAAGUUCAGAUAUAAAAGAAGGAAAGUCUCUUCUAUCCACAACCAACGUAUAUUUUUUCCCUAGUAUUUCAAUGUUGGCCUGCAAUGAUGUGUGUGUAUGCAUUUAUCAUUGUUAACCAGACAUUGCAUGCAAUAUUGAUGGAAGCCUUUUUGAAGUUUAUGAAGGGUUGAGUUAGUUUUUACCAUUUAAAAUUCUAUCUAACAUGGUCACAGUUAUUUCA